UCCUGUAUACCAGAGAUGUAGGAUUGCCUAUGCAUUUGCACCGGAGAAGACAGUGCUGUUGCCUUCUGCCGCCUUGAACUUUUCAAUAUUUCUUUUCCUCCCCUGCUUCACCUGGCAGCUGUCUGGAGGCUGUGAACUCACCGUGGUGCUACAAGACUUCACUGCCAGCCAUAGCAGCGAGCUGAGCAUCCAAGUGGGACAGACCGUGGAGUUACUAGAGAGACCGAGUGAAAGGCCGGGCUGGUGUUUGGUACGGACAACAGAGCGGAGCCCCCCUCAGGAAGGUCUCGUCCCCAGCAGCACUCUCUGCAUCUCCCACUCCCGGAGCAGCGUGGAGAUGGACUGCUUCUUCCCUUCAGGAAAAGAUGGAUAUUCGGUCUCGUCUAAUGAAAAUGGAGGCAAGUCUGACUCGGUGGCCAAUUUGCAGCCUCAGCCAUCCCUCAACUCAAUCCAAAGCUCUCCGGGCCCAAAGCGGUCAACCAAUACACUCAAGAAAUGGCUGACAAGCCCCGUGCGUCGGCUGAACAGCGGGAAGGCGGAGAGUAACAUCAAAAAACAGAAGAAGGUCCGAGAUGGCAGGAAGAGCUUUGACUUGGGCUCCCCGAAGACGGGAGAUGAGACCACGCCUCAAGGGGACAGUGCAGAUGAGAAGAGCAAGAAAGGUUGGGGAGAAGAUGAACCAGAUGAAGAAUCGCACACACCACUCCCCCCUCCGAUGAAGAUUUUUGAUAAUGACCCUGCACAGGAUGAGAUGUCCUCCUCUUUGCUAGCUGCUCGUCAGAGCUCCUCCGAUGUGCCAACUGCUGCGGAUCUUGUCAGUGCAAUAGAAAAGUUGGUCAAAAGUAAGCUGACCCUAGAAGGAGGAUCUUAUCGAGGAAGCUUAAAAGAUGCCACUGGCUGCUUAAAUGAAGGGAUGACGCCUUCCACUCCCCCAAGAAACCUUGAAGAGGAGCAAAAAGCCAAAGCAAUGCGAGGCAGGAUGUUCGUCUUAAAUGAGCUGGUACAGACUGAGAAAGACUAUGUCAAAGAUUUGGGAACUGUGGUAGAGGGCUUCAUGAAGAGAAUAGAAGAAAAAGGGGUUCCUGAAGACAUGAAAGGGAAAGACAAAAUUGUGUUUGGCAAUAUCCACCAGAUUUAUGACUGGCACAAAGACUUUUUCCUGGCUGAACUGGAAAAGUGUCUUCAGGAACCUGACCGCUUAGCGCAGCUCUUUAUAAAACAUGAAAGACGAUUGCACAUGUAUGUGGUGUAUUGCCAAAACAAGCCACGAUCAGAAUACGUAGUAGCUGAAUAUGAUGCAUAUUUUGAGGAGCUUCAGCAAGAAAUAAACCAGCGGUUAACCCUCAGUGACUUUUUGAUCAAACCCAUCCAGAGAAUAACAAAAUACCAGCUUCUACUCAAGGACUUCCUGAGAUACAGUGAAAAAGCUGGACUGGAAUGUUCUGAGACAGAGAAAGCAGUUGAAUUAAUGUGCCUUGUACCAAAACGUUGCAAUGAUAUGAUGAACCUGGGCCGUCUUCAGGGCUUCGAGGGCAAGCUGACGGCUCAAGGAAAGCUGCUGCAGCAGGAUACCUUCUACGUCACCGAGCAGGACUCUGGAAUGCAGUGUCGGCCAAAAGAGCGGAGGGUCUUCCUCUUUGAGCAAAUAGUCAUCUUCAGCGAGCUUCUUAGGAAGGGCUCUCUGACACCAGGCUACAUGUUCAAGAAAAGCAUAAAGAUGAACUACCUAGUCCUCGAAGACAAUGUGGAAAAUGAUCCUUGCAAGUUUGCUCUCAUGAACCGGGAAACAUCCGAGCGAGUGAUUCUACAGGCUGCCAAUCCUGAAAUCCAGCAAGCUUGGGUACAGGACAUCAAUCAGGUCCUGGAAACGCAAAGAGACUUUCUAAAUGCACUGCAGUCUCCUAUAGAGUAUCAACGCAAAGAAAAUAGCUCAGCGGUAAUGAGGCCCCAAACCAGCAGGGUGCCUCAGCCCAACAGCAGACCCUAUUCUUCUGUUGCAGUCGGCUCUGAGAAGCCUUUGAAGGCUGCAAGCCGUAACCCAUCUCUCCCACCCUUGAAGAUAUCUACCUCCAAUGGCAGUGCAGGGUAUGAACACCAGCAGCCCGGGGACAAAUAUGAACAAAGCAAGAAUGACCUGGGAGGGUGCAAUGGGACCUCUUCCAUGGUGGUAAUCAAAGAUUACUAUGCACUGAAGGAGGACGAGAUCUGCGUGAAUCAGGGUGAGGUGGUUCAGAUCCUUGCCAUCAACCAGCAGAAUAUGUUCCUGGUGUACCAGCCUGCAAAUGAUCACUCCCCAGCCGCUGAGGGAUGGAUUCCAGGAAAUAUCUUGGCUCCCCUCACUAAAUCCACUACAGAUAAUACCGACGGAAGCAUCAAGAAGUCAUGUUCAUGGCAUACCCUGCGCAUGAGAAAGCGGGCGGAAAUGGAGAGCAGUGGCAAAAAUGAAGCCAAUGGGCCACGUAAAUCCAAGGAUAUUCUGGGCAACAAAGUCUCUGUUAAAGAGACGAACAGCUCAGAGGAAUCAGAGUGUGAUGACCUUGACCCCAAUACUAGCAUGGAGAUAAUUAACCCAAAUUUCAUCCAAGAAGUGGCUCCUGAAUUCCUUGUGCCGCUAGUGGAUGUUACCUGUUUGCUGGGGGACACGGUGAUGUUGCAGUGCAAAGUCUGUGGACGCCCAAAGCCAACCAUCACCUGGAAGGGACCAGAUCAAAAUAUCCUUGACAAUGACAACAGCACAGCCACUUACACAGUGUCAUCCUGUGAGUCUGGGGAGCUCACCCUGAAGAUCUGCAACCUGAUGCCUCAGGACAGCGGCAUUUACACCUGUGUGGCAGCCAAUGAGCACGGAACGGCUUCCACCUCCGCUACAAUCAAAGUGCAAGGUGUUCCAGCAGCCCCAAACCGCCCCAUCGCUCAGGAAAGAAGCUGUACAUCAGUGAUCCUGCGCUGGAUGCCCCCAUCCAGUACAGGAAAUUGUACCAUUUCUGGCUACACCGUAGAAUACAGAGAAGAAGGAUCCCACGUCUGGCAGCAGUCGGUAGCCUCAACGUUGGAUACCUAUCUUGUCAUUGAAGAUCUAACCCCAGGAUGCCAGUAUCAGUUCAGAGUCAGUGCCAGCAACCCCUGGGGAAUUAGUUUGCCUAGCGAGCCAUCGGAGUUUGUGAGGCUCCCAGAAUACGACUCUGCUGCUGAUGGUGCCACUAUUUCAUGGAAAGAAAACUUUGACUUUGCAUACACAGAACUGCAUGAGAUUGGGAGGGGUCGAUUCGCCGUAGUAAAGAAAUGUGUUCACAAAGCCACCCGGAAAGAUGUUGCCGUGAAAUUCAUUAGCAAAAAAAUGAAAAAGAAAGAGCAGGCGGCACAUGAAGCGGCUUUGCUACAGCACUUACAGCACCCGCAGUACAUCACCAUCCAUGAUACCUAUGAGUCACCCACUUCCUAUAUCUUAGUUUUGGAACUGAUGGACGAUGGCCGUCUCUUGGAUUAUCUCAUGAAUCACGAUGAGCUGAUGGAGGAGAAAGUAGCUUUCUACAUCAGAGAUACAAUGGAGGCACUACAAUAUCUUCACAAUUGCAGAGUGGCUCAUUUAGACGUAAAGCCAGAAAAUCUGCUCAUUGACUUAAGGAUCCCUGUGCCUCGGGUCAAGCUGAUAGACUUGGAAGAUGCAGUUCAAAUCACAGGACAUUACCACAUUCACCAACUACUUGGAAACCCUGAGUUUGCAGCUCCUGAAGUUAUCCAAGGUGUCCCUGUCUCACUGAGCACGGAUAUCUGGAGCAUUGGGGUCCUCACCUAUGUCAUGUUAAGUGGUGUCUCUCCAUUCCUGGAUGAAAGCAAAGAAGAGACGUGCAUCAAUGUGUGCAGAGUGGAUUUCAGUUUCCCGUCAGAGUAUUUCUCGGACGUGAGCCUGGCUGCCAGAGACUUCAUCAAUGUUAUCCUUCAGGAAGACUUCAGGAGAAGACCAACAGCAGCCACCUGUUUACAGCAUCCUUGGCUGCAGCCGCAUACUGGCAGCUAUUCCAAAAUCCCACUGGAUACCUCCCGCUUGGCUUCCUUCAUAGAGCGCCGCAAGCACCAAUAUGACGUGCAUCCAGUUCCCAACGUUAAGAGCUUCAUAAUGAGUAGGAUGAAUUCUGGAACGUAAUGCAAUAUAUUCCUGAGCUAUUACAUGACUAGUCCUAAGACCAAGAAUACAGUAUGAGCAGACAUGCUGCAGAAUCUGUCUGUAUAUAAUUCUGUAUUAAGUAUUUAUUUCAUGUGGUUCCCCAGACUGAGGGUUAUAAAUUGUACCAGUAGUUGCAGUCUCUGUCCAAUUACUCAGAACCAAAGUGAAUAUAGACGGUUUCAGGUGGGCACAUCCAGCCUCUUGACAAGGCUAUUCUUGGGAAGCAAGAAAUCUGCCUGUUAUAGUAAAGUCCACACAACAAAGAGGGUGUUUAAGAUGAACACCACCAGCUGGAAGAGGGAACCAAAAUACUGUUGCCUUAUUUUUGUUAAAGGCAGCCUUAUAAGAGACCCCCAUUGGUCUUGCUGAACUGAUUUCAAAAUAUAAAUGAUGGAGUUGGAGCAGAGUAGUGGGUAAAACUAGGCUGAAUCUAGGCAGUCGAUAUUUACAACAAAUCCAAAUUGAAUUUGGAGUUUGCAGAAAUCACUGAUAACUAAGUCCUUAAUAAAGGCUGAAUUUUGUGAGCCCUCUGUACCCAGGACUCCCACUGACUUCACUGAGGAGGGCACACAAGGUCACGCUCUAUUUACAGCUUUUCUGAUGGUGAGAUUUCAAUACUUUCUUUACACAGUCUUGCUCAAGCAGGCAGAAAUCCCACACAGGAUUAUAGAAUCUUUUGCUAUAUUGAGUCAACAUGCAGUAACUUUCAAAAUGACGGUUAAGGCAGUGAAUUCACCGGAGAAUAAAGCUGUUUUGACUAAGCACAAUGAGACAACGAUGGUUUUUUAAAAAAUGUUUUCUAAGCCUUGUACAGAAAUCUUUUGCAGAACCUGUGCGUUGAGAAAAGGGUGUCAAAUUUUUGCAGUAUCUGUAAACUAGAUGAUGAUGUUAACGAUAAUUUUUUGUAUCACAGGUUGUUCAAUAUACCUAUAUUGUGUGUACAUAUAUAAAUAUAUAAAAAGGACCCUGUUUCAUUUCUAGCUUCAAAAACUGCUUGGUCCAAAGCCAGUCAAAGUGCAGUAAGAGUAGGGAGUUUAUCCUUGUGCUUACAGCUUCAAAAUGGUUUUCUAUGUAUAAAAUUGGUUGCUGAUGUUUCCAGAUCCAUAAAUAUUUCUUCAGCUGCUUUAAGGCUCCAUCACCAAAGCAUUUGUGAGGCUAUCUUUUAUGUCCAAAGCCUAGUUAGAAAUAACAGAAUCAUCAUUCCAAGCCAAGUUGCAACAUUUUCAUAUUGAUGUUAUGGUAGCAGAGCUGACUUUAAAUACAAGCAACAUGGGAAAUCUCACAUGGAGGUCCAACAGUUCACAGGCUGGCCAAAUAUUCCCUUUUAAGCAGUACGACUGGAGGAGUAGGCAAUACACUGGUGCUCCCUCAUCCUGUUCCAGCAUCUUGGGACAGUUAAUAGGGUCCCAAGCCAGCACCCUGUGGGGGAUCUGGCUGAUCAGAUAAUCAGGAAAGGGGUAUAUCUUUCCAGGCACAUGGGUAGUAGCUCUAUCAAUGGUGAGCUCUGCCAGUGUGCCUGGGGUAGGUAAUAUUCAAGCUCUUACCAUAGCAGUUGAUAGUAAACUCUUGAUUGGCAGGGUUGGAUUUCCCAAGGCAAAAGGUUUGAUCUGCUAAUCUGUGUACAUCAUAGCCUAUCUUGAGGAACUGCGUAGGAGCAAUAGUGAAAUCCAGCAGUGGUAAGUGGUCUGUCUGCUGGUAAUGUCCACAGGAGUAGGUAGGUAGGCAGAAAGACAAUCUCUGCAGCCCCAAAGUGACAAAAUCCCUCUGUCACCACUGCUAAUGCCUUGGGGCUCUACCAGCCCUUGAUCCUCUUCAAAAUUCAGCUCCUUCUGGGAUUUUAGAGCACUGCAUUUGUCCUAUGCCGUGAAACUGCACCAGUCACAAUUAAGUUAGGGCCCUCUGUGGCUUUUGGGUGGGAUAUUAAGCUGUUGGGUGGGUUGUGCUAGUGGACAACGAAACAGAAAGAAACAGGCUAAGACUUCCACUGCUAUACAAGUGUAGAUGUAAACAUGGAGCCUUGGGAAAGGGGACCCACCAUUGGUGGGGGAGACUAAGUAACUGGCUAGUGUCAGGGGCAACCUGACACUGCAUCCGUGAUGGGGGAACGUCAGGUACUCAGUAACAGAAGGCAAGAGUCUGCCCGAAGGGCUAGGAAGGGAAGAGGCUUGGCCAGGGGUGAAAAGAAUGCAUGAACUGGAACCUAUUUUAUUUCCUCCCUUUAAUGUGGCAGCUAAUUUUCCAAGCAAUGCAGUGCAGUGGCCCCUUCCGACAAGACAGAGAAUGGAAUAGCAGCCUUCGCAAGGCUGCAAAUGUUCCUCCAGAUGACAGCCACCAAUGGGCUUCUUACAUUAGCUCAGCUCUCAGGUACUUUCUCACUAUGGGACUGUUUAUUUUCCCCUUCUUCCUAUUUGUAGAGGUUGGCCCGUGGGGAUAUCUUGUCUAUCUCCUAUGACUGUGCUGCCCUUAAAAAAAAAGGUUUAUGGGAGGGUGGUUAAUAGAACCCACAGCUUUCCUAAGACCUGUGUAGUUGUUAAACCUCAAACUUUAUGCAUGAUUUCAAAAAAUCAUGGAUCUUGCAAAAUCGUGAGUCGCUUAUGAUUUUAUUUCCUUACAACUACAUUCCAGUCUCAAAUUGCCACACCAAGCGCAUAACACUUUGGGACAUGUAGGAAAAAUAUUGGGUUGUUUAAAGAAUUUUUUUAAGUGUCUUACUGGCAUAAAAUUAAGGCGGCUGAAAGGAUGCUGGGUUCAGUCCUGUGGCUCUAAAACUGCUUUAAGACAGUGAGGUGACAUUUAGAGGAGAAAUUGGGAGAUAUGGAACAUUGAACCCAUAGAUAUUAUGCAUUUCUUUUUCUUCAUUGGUUUAGUAACUUUGCACUGGAAAGAUCCAUUUCUUGAGCAUGUCUUUUUUUCUGUACACUCAUAAAAUUCUGGCCUCUUUAAUCACAAGUGUAUCUAGAAUUGUUUCAUGCAAGGUCUUGCGCUGGUCACCUAGGUAAAAUUCCCAUUGAUUAGGAAUUGUUUUGUCUGAAUAAGUGGCGAUUUGGCUCCUAAGUGUCAUUGUACAUUAAACACUAGACGAGUGGAUCUGAUCUUGCUCCCACUCAACUAAUUAGGUCUGGACUUUGCACUUCUUUGAGGGUAUAACUCUGCCCCCAUGAUGUCCAUGAAGCCCAACCCCUUGGGCAAAAGGAGCCGCAAAGUAGACUAGUGGAUGCAGAACUACAACAGCCUUGUCUCUCUGCAUUUCCAUCAUGUUAAGUCUUUCCCACAAUAAACAAGAAAAAGCUCAUGAUGUUCAGUUCGGCUACUAACUAAGAAAGUCAAAUCCCUAAGACAGUUGCUAAGUAGGGAUGAAGCUAUGCCAGGAAUCUUUAACGUUCAAGGCACACUUAUAGCCAAAUGAUGGUGUGACUGUAGCAUGGAAAGACAUUGUUCAGGAGUUAUAAUUUAACUAGCACAGGUAACAAUAGUACCAAAAACCUGAUACAAGUUUGAGCGUGGGUUAGCAACUGGAGAACAUAACCCAAAUCUCUGAUGGGCAUGUGCUACCAUGCUAAAGUUUGGGCCACUUGGUUGUUUAGACACACCUGCUGGAAGACAUCCUGGAAGGUGGCAAUGCAGUUACUAAAGUAUCCAUCUAUAAAAGAAAUCUGUUUUAUAGUCCUGUGCCGAUGGACUGAACUAUGACGGGCAAAUUUUAAGGAAAUGCACAUGGCAAAAAUAAACUGAGUGGAGAAAGCUGAGUUUCUCAUUGCCCAUAAAUCGUCUAGCUCUGCUGAGGGUGUGGACAGAUUAAACAUUUAUACCAGUGUAAUUAGCAUUAUAUCAGUAUAAAAAUGUAGCAAGCAAUCGGACAACAAAAAAAUCCCUAAGCCAAAGGAACUUCACCCGAUCUGAUGGAGAAUUACCCUGAAAGAAUCAGAGGUAAAACUCUACUAGUGGAAAUAAAACUGGUUCACUCUAUGGUAGCUGUGUGCUAGAGACAAACAAGCAAUAAUCUGCCACCCUGCCAAGGUGCUGUGAUAGCACCUAUCAUCCUGGAACAGCUUCACAUCUGUCUGUUCCCAGUGCCAACAUCAUUUACAUUAGUAUACAAGCCUGAUGUCAAUGACACUGGGGUAAAGGAUAAUUUCUCUACACCCUCAGAGUGGCCAGGCCAAAUGUGUAUACGUUACACAUACUCUUUUAUACUUGUCCAUGCAGUAUUGAAAGUUUUUAUCUGCUCUCUAAACCAAGGAUUGCCACACAAAUAAAUCCUGAUGUCUCAGCCAAGCUACAUAGCUGCAGACCCAAAGUGCUGCCUUAAGACAGAGCUCACAGUGCAGCAGGCCACAGCUAGCUGCCUCUCAGUUCCUGAAAAGGGCCAAUAAGCAGAAAGGAAGAAAGCUCAAGACUGAACUUAAAACAAUCCGAGCUUUGCGUGCCCUAUCUUCUUAUCCUCCAGCAUCUUUCUCCCCCUUCUCCCUUCCUCCCCUAAAUAACUGAUCUUUUCUGCAGCAAUACUAUCUUGAGGUGCUGGCUGCUAGAAAUCUUCAGUGCCUGCGUCCAUAAGCUUGCAAAUAAAUUUUUUUUUUUUUGCAAACCUCUAGUUGGUCUAAAAAAAGGUAUCACCUCUGCCACAAGUUCUGAUUCCUUUUGCCUCUAGACCAAUACAGCUACAACCUGGAUACCUGGCUGCUAGAAAAAAAAAAAUUAGUUCCCUUUAAAAAUAAGUUAAGAUCUGGGCAAGUUCUGCCCUGGAUGUCACCUGUAUGACUCCUGGGGCUUUGGUGGAUUUCAUUAGUAUAGCUGAGGGCAUGAGUUACCUUUGCUAUGCAAACCAUCAGCAGAGGCUAAAGAUGGAGCUGUACAAUGUUAUUUGAAAGGAGGGUCUUUGGUUAUAUAUAACAGUACCUUAAUGCCUUCUCAUUUAGAGGAUGAUAAUCAAAUGAUCUCAGAUCACACAAUCUUCAGAGACCAGUUUGGUGAGUAACGUGCUCACCAGAACGGUCUGAAUGACCAUUAUACGCACACACGCAGACUAGCCUUUCGGUUUUAUAUCCUGUCCGUUCCCCCUUGAGGCAGAGUCCUCUCAAAGAUGCAGAUUUAUUGUCCCGGUCACACUUCUACGUUCCAUCAGAAGAUGGUGCUUUCCUGAGGGAACAAAAAAAAUCCUGUUUCACAAGGCCGAUUGCACACUGCCAUCAAGUGAUGAAUUCCUAUUCUGGACUCUGUAUAGCGGUGAGUGUUACCAUAAUGUCAGGAUUCUGAAUAUUUGCUGUAAUCGUAGUCUUUGAGUAUGAAGCUAGUGAAAAUGAACAUCUUUUCUACUCACUUAAGCCAUAUUUCACCUCCAUGUCCAACUUUUGAUGCUGGUGCUUUUACUUCUCUUUCUACCAAACUGUUCAAAAUCACUCUGCCACUGAGGUCAGUAAAACCACACACGCUUUCUGCGAAUACCAAAAGGAAGGCAAAUGCAGGGGACAAUCACAAAUGCCAUCUCCGUGAGACCUAACCCCAGAUGAACAGCAGUGGCCAAAGAGUAAACAGUCGGCGCACGCUGAUGCUAUUCAAUCUCGGCAACAGUCAAUUGAAGGAGGAAAAAAGAAACAGUAUUGCUAAUAGCUCAGCAUUUUCAAGGUGCAAACUAAUUCCACAGCCUUAAUUGUUUCAGUGUAUUGCUGGUCUGCCUUAAGUGUAUCUUCUGUUUUAUGGCCAAUUUCAUUUUGUACGCACACACGGUUGUUUUGUAAAGGUAAGUUUGUAAAUAUUUUAUUUGUCAAGUCUGAUCCCUCCCUGUGUAACGUUGUAAAGUGAUAACUUGCUGUCGCAUCUUAUUACUCCUCUCCCGCGUAACGUGCGAUCGUCGAGAGACGACGCUUCGAGCCGUACAUCUUGUCUGUCGCCGCAUUCCUGUAGCGUACACUCAUGAUAUGGUUUCUGGGUUUCUUUUUAUUAAAGACAAUUGUUCAGACAAAGGGUGCAUCUGUUUUAUUUCACGAGCGUCGGCAGAAGCCGGGAGGAGUUUGAAUCCGCGUCGGUCGCUGCAUCUUCUGCACCCCUGGAGGUGCCGGGGGCAUUAAAGGAAGGAGUGUGUUGCACCACGGCUUGGGUACGCGCCUCGUGACACGGGGCGACCUCUGCCUCAGUUGUCAUUAUGUCGGCGUGGUCGUGGCACGGCCCCCACGUGGACCCUUCUUCCCUGUUAGGAUAGCGAGGCCGGGUGGACUAUUAUCCAUCGUGGGUGGGUGUCCAAGAGGAGGUUGCAGAUCUCCCCGGCUCGCCUCCUUCCCCGCUUCCUGCUGCCAACGUCACCGUGUGUUUAAGUCUCCCUCAGAGGCGCUGGGUGGUGGCUGCCGCCAAAGCCGGGACUUUGUCUGGGCUGCGCCCGUGAUCCCGCUGCGACCAAACCCCGAGGCUCCUGGUGGGAGGGUCGUGCAGGGUCAAAGCGACGGCCAGAUUUGGGAUCAGGACAGAACGGGACCCCCCGGUCACAUCGGUAUGGAUUGGGGGGUGUCUGCCUUCCUCUGUCGCCCUCCCGUUGGGAUCUCCAGGGCGUAUCGACAAGAUCUCGGGGCGUCACGGGUCACAACUGCACUAAGAAACCAGGUGAUGGAUUGGUGCAGGAUGGUUUGGAUAGGGCGGUGGCCUCAGGAGGGUUUGCUGGUCUGGGCGCUGUGUGGAGGUGACGGGGGUGUCCCCACAGAGGCCCAUGGGCCUGCGAUUGUGGGGCCGCUGCCAUCCGAGCUCCUGGAGCGGCGGGAAUCCCGCCCGGCUGCGGGCGGAGCAGUGGCGCCCUCUGCUGCCUGUGGAGGCAGUUUCCCGCCACCAACA